GCGAUCAGGGCGUCAUCUUGCGCGGCGUUCGUUUGGGCGCGGCCAAGAUCCGGGCCCCGCGGCUCCCCCGGCACCGCGUAGACCGGUUGCUGCUGCGGUGGUUGCUCCGCUUCGUGCUGUCGCGCCAGCGUAGGUUGUGGUGCGUCAUUGCGGUGCAGGGCGGUCGGUUCGCGUGCAAGCCGACGCGCCGGAAGCAGCGGGUCGACUUGUGCACGGUUGUCGCUUUUUGUAUUUGCGGGGUCGAUAAGUUCAUCUGCUUGCGCGCGUGGCUGCCCGUCUGGGACGAGCUCCUCAGGAUCGGGCGCCGCCCGUUUGGCGGAUGCGCGCCUGAGACGUGGGCAGCCGAGCUCCGUUAUCAUUUGUGCGCGGUCGGGGUCGCUAUUCCCGAAGAGUGGUUUGGCUGCGACGUCCGGCGGGGCGCGGCCGCGGGCGUUUUCCCCGCGUCGGAC